CGAAAAUUAACACAGCUUGUUCACAGAAUUAUCGCUUGUUACCGAAGAAACUAGUCUUGUUUCAACAGUUCAGUUAACAUGAAGAAAAUUUUUGUGUCCAGAUUAUUGUUGGUAACGUUUCUAUUUAAGCCAUCGUUGGCAUUUUUCGGCUUAAGUGAAUCGACCUUUUUCGCUCCAUCUUUAGACAUCUUCACAGCUUCCUCGCUAGCUGGGUCAACUUGCCUUAGCAUUAACUCUACAGCCAGCAGUUUACAGAAUGGGGUUUUCAACUCACUAGCAUUAGACGAUUUAUCGUCCAGCUUUUCUGGUACUUUUGUAAAUCUAUACACUCAACUGAAUUCAGUUUUCGAUGCUAUUAAAAAUGCUGCACACGAUAAAAAAACAAGCAUUGAUUCACUAUUCACUGUUAUCAACGGGACGAUAACAAACGUUACUACUUUUAUUGCUAACAAUAAUCGCACUUUAUGGAGUUCUGUUUUAAGUUCUGAUUCAAUACCGAACAUAAAUAGCACUCUCUCAACAAUAGAAACUAUUUUUAAAAAAUUAAACAGCGAUAUCUACCCUAAACUGAUAUCAAUUCGUAAUGCUAACUCAGGGGCAGUGUCACCCGCAACUAUUUUAGCGACACUUCCACAAUCAACAAUUACUGAUUUCUCGAAUACAAUAAAACAAUUUACCCAGUUUGAGCGUACUGUCACUUUACCGUUCGUUCAAUCUUUCGUGAGGUCGUUAACAACAGCCAAUUCCAACAUCGGAGCUUAUAUCUCAACCACGAGCUCCAGUUAUUCUACACUCGAUGCUACAUUAAGCCAAGCGUGGAAUAGAGCUUCUUCUCUGUCGGAUACAUAUGCAACGUCAACAAAAACAUUGUUCCAACCAGUACAAUUAUCAACUAAUAGUUUCAUAAAACUUAUCACUGCAUUUACCGAUCUAUACCUCGGCUCUUCGACAGAUAUAAAUUCUGCAGCCGUAACAAUGUUUUUUAACAGCUAUAUCAGCAAUGCCACAGAGCAAAACGGGUUGAUUCUUGACAAACUAGACAAUUUUCGUAUCAAACUUACUGAUCAGGUUCUGAGCGCUAGUGACAUCAUGUUAAGCGAGGGUAUGCUAGCAUUAGAGAAUGUGAGUAUGUUAAUCCUGCAGAAAAUUAACAGAACAACAUGCGCUGGAAAGCUUGUUCAACCGUUUUUCAACUCGUAUGCAACGCUACUAACUUCACUGAAAGAUUGUCUGGCAGGAACAAACUUCAACUUGCCUGCUCCGACCAGCGCCCAAGUAAAGGUGGCAUCCAAUAUCCAAGAUGAUGUAAUGUACUAUUUGAAAAUGUUAAAUGGAAUGCUCACUGGAGUCACUAAUAACAGUCCUGCGACAACAAGAAUUACUACGGAUGCGCACCUUACAGCGUUCUUCAGUCAAACAAACGGUAUCAUUCAAACGUUUAGCCAGCAAUUGGUUAAUAUGUAUGUGCAGUUGGGCGCAGACUAUGAUCUCCUGGUUGGACGUUCCAGCUAUUGUUUAGCGAUGAAAAAUACAGAAGGAAGCAUGUUGGUACACGACUUCGUAAGCGCUGUUCAACAAUGUUAGCUGGAAAAAGCUUUAGUGUCUGUUUUGGAUACGCAGGACUACUAGUACAAUAAAAAUAAAUGCUUUAAAAAUGAUUAAUGAACAUAAACUAGUUGUGCAUGGGUUACAUCAUAUUGCACCAGAGUCAAUGAAUUUAUUAACCAAUCAAUUGGACUAGCUAGCAGUUCGCAGUGUAUCGGCAUAGGAGCUGGUGUCUGAAUCAGUGUAAC